AUGUCUUCUUUGGUUUUACGCUCAUUAAAUAAAAGAUUAAUAAAUAACUCUUUUGGUAGAUCAGGAGGUUCAAUUCAUUAUUACCAUAAUAUAUUAACAGAAAGUCAUGGAACAGUUGGAUUGAUUACAUUGAAUCGUCCAAGGCAAUUGAAUGCUUUAUCAAGUGAUUUAUUUCAUGAUGUUAAUGAUGCAUUGGAAAAGUAUGAUAGUGACCCGGAAAUUAGAGCAAUUGUAAUUACUGGAAGUGAAAAGGCUUUUGCUGCUGGAGCAGACAUUCAAGAAAUGGCAGAUAAAACUUUUGCAGAAGUUUAUAAGACAAAUUUUCUUUGGCAUUGGGGGAAAAUUAAUGAAAUAAAAAAGCCAAUUAUUGCUGCUGUUAAUGGUUAUGCUUUGGGCGGUGGAUGUGAAUUAGCAAUGAGUUGUGAUAUAAUUUAUGCAGGUGAAAAGGCUAUAUUUGGUCAACCUGAAAUUAAAUUAGGUGUAAUACCAGGUGCUGGUGGAACUCAAAGACUUACAAGAGCGAUUGGUAAAUCAAAAGCAAUGGAAAUAAUUCUUACAGGUAAAAAUUUUACAGCUCAAGAAGCAGAACAAUGGGGACUUGUAAGUAAGAUAUUCCCGGUGGAUAAAUUACUUGAUGAAUCAAUUAAACUUGGUCAAGAAAUUGCUGGAUUUUCACAGCCAGUCACUCAAGCUGCUAAAGAGUCCAUUAAUAAAUCAUUUGAAUUAUCAUUAAAAGAAGGAAAUCAUUUUGAAAGAAGAUUGUUCCAAACUCUUUUUGCAUUGAAAGAUAAAUUUGAAGGUAUGGAGGCAUUCCUCAAGAAACGUCUACCACAAUGGAAACAUGAAUAA